UUCUCACAAGACCGAAUUUAUAAUUUUCAAAUUGGAAAGAUGAAAUUAAUCCCAUUAAAUCUGCUCUACUAGGUGCUCGUUUUCGCUCGGCUGAUUCCUGUUUAAAUCCAGAUGAUGGAAUUGAUGGAAAUGGCCCUCUUGACAUUCCAGCCGGUUGUAACAUGGGGAGACGUCGGUCGAGAGCUGUACUCUAUCAACUAUCGGGGCAUUAUAAACCGGAGAAAAUCAAGACUAAAUUGAAACUUAAUAACAAUCUUUUACACACAACUAUUGAACCAUUGCCUGAGUAUAAAACUCAAUCGUUAAAGAAAUCUCGCUUCAUUCUAUCGCAUUAUGGAGUUUUUAAAGGAUUUUGGGACUGGCUUAUACUCGUUAGUACAUUUUAUGUUGCAUUUGUAGUGCCGUAUAAUGCAGCAUUUGUUCAAACGGAUCGCGCCACAAUGGCCAGUGAUGUUGUUGUUGAGGCUUUAUUUAUUGUAGAUAUUAUUCUCAACUUCCGUACGACUUUCGUAUCCAGUAAGGGCGAAGUGGUGUCGGACUCGAAACUGAUUUGCCUUAAUUAUUUACGUGGUUGGUUUGUUGUCGAUUUCCUUGCUGCAAUACCCUUCGAUCAUCUUUAUGCUAGUAAUUUAUUAUCGGGCGAGGAAUCGCAUAUACAUUUAGUAAAACUUACUCGUCUGCUACGCUUAGCACGAUUGCUUCAAAAAAUGGAUAGAUAUAGUCAAUAUACGGCAAUGAUUUUAACUUUAUUAAUGGUGUGCUUUUCUCUCGUCGCUCAUUGGCUUGCAUGUAUUUGGUAUGUUGUAGCUGAGAAAGAGAGACUGUAUGGUGAUCAAGAAUUUGAUGUGGGAUGGAUCAACAGCUUGGCAGAAAGGUUCAAGAUACCAGUAUCGAAUAUAACUCAAGGCGAGGCUUAUAUCACUGCUCUAUACUUCACGUUCAGUAGCUUGACAUCUGUUGGUUUUGGCAAUGUUUCUGCAAAUACAUCAUACGAAAAGAUUUUUUGUGUCAUCAUGAUGUUGAUUGGAGCUUUAAUGCAUGCCGUUGUCUUUGGUAACGUCACAGCUAUAAUUCAACGAAUGUACGCAAGACGAUCACAAUAUCAUAGCAAAUGGCGAGAUUUAAAAGAUUUUGUAGCUCUACAUCAAAUGCCAAAUGAGUUAAAACAACGGAUGCAGGAUUACUUUCAGACUGUAUGGUCUAUGAAUCACGGUAUUGAUAUUAACGAGACUCUCAAAGAAUUCCCAGAAGAAUUAAGAGGUGAUGUUAGCAUGCAUUUACAUCGAGAGAUUUUACAACUACCAAUAUUUGAAGCCGCCUCUCAAGGCUGUUUGAAACUUUUGUCAUUGCAUAUCAAAACAAAUUUCUGUGCUCCGGGUGAAUUCUUAAUACAUAAAGGAGAUGCUCUUGCAUACAUAUAUUAUAUUUGUAAUGGAAGUAUGGAGGUUAUGCAGAACAAUAUGGUAGUAGCAAUUUUGGGUAAGGGAGACUUAGUAGGCUGUGAUAUAUCAAUAAAUAUGAUGCAUAAUGGACAAACAGGAAAUUCAGGUGGUGGUAAUCAAGAUUUAAUUUUGAAGAGCAGUUCAGACGUAAAAGCAUUAACUUAUUGUGAUCUAAAGUGUAUUCACAUUAGUGGCUUGAUAGAGGUUUUACGUUUAUAUCCUGAGUAUCAACAAGAAUUUGCAAAUGACAUUCAGCAUGAUUUAACAUACAAUCUACGAGAGGGAUAUGAGGCAGAAACAGAAUCUGAAAAUAACGGACCAUGCUUAGCUCUACCUUCGAUAAGUGAAGAUGAUGAGAAUAUAGCGGAAGAUGGAAUUAGCAAUAAUUCGUCUCCACGGCAUCCCAGCAUUACUCGGUCGCCUAUUCAUGGCGUCUCAGUUGCUAGUCCCGCACGUCAUACGAAGCUUUUGCAAAAAAGACAGACGCUUAUAGCCCUCAAAGAGAAAUCAACAAAAUCUCGAGGGUCAAGUGUCAAUAAUAGUCCAGUAAGUGUUAAAAGUAAUAAAAAGUCUAUAGAGAAUAAUAUUUCGGAUGAUGAGAAUGAAGAAGAAGCCCCAAUGAUAAAGGAUGAAAAGCCAAACACACAUCACCGAAGUUCAAUGGAGCGAUUAGAUACACAAGUUUCGACACUUCAUCAAGAUGUUGCUACAUUGAGUAUUGAAGUACGCAAUGCAAUUCAAGCUUUACAGGAAAUGGCUUACACAACUCUCACACACAUCGAUAAUCAUCCAGCCAGGUCGAUUCCUAACCUUCAAAAUGGAAUUAACAAUUCACAUAUGGUUUUCGAAUACAUGACACGUAGCUCAUCACAACCGGCUGAACUUUGGCAUCGGAGUAAUCAGCAAAUAAAAAGUAUUUCGGAUCUUUAUAGUCAAUCGGUCUACCAAUCAUCAUCACAUAUCGUGAAUCAUAAAUCUACACAAACGGAAACGACUUAUGACUACGAUUUUCUAGAAAAUUUAGUUUUAACAAAUUCGCAAUUAGUAUUAAAUAUUUUGAGCGUCAAUACACCAGUCAAUUUAAUGGGAAACGAUAUGAAACCUGUUAACUGCUUAAGCAUCCUCACACCCAUCCCUGAAGCAAUUUCAAAUGAACCGAGUUGUAGUAAUUUACAUGACCUUUCCACUCAUAAAGAUAAUAAUAGUAAUUUGGUACUGAUGGAGCAUCCACAAGAGCAAUCAUGGCGUAUUUACGAGAACGAUGAAGAUAAUUCGAAAUCUACAGACGCACUGCUUGAAAUGAAGGAAAAUACAGAUGAUACGGAUGAAGAUGAGGCAACAACAAAUUACACAAAUAAUAUUAACUUUUCGAUCAUAAAAGAAAAUUCGUCCUACAAAUUAUCGAAAUCGAGUUCAAAUUGUUCUGUAUCAAGAGCAUCGGGGGAUAUUACGGAAAAAUAUCAACAUCCACAGCACCAAAAUCAUCAUCAUCAUCAUCAUCACCAUCAUCAGCAACAGCAGCAGCAGCCGAUAGUUCUGAUUCGUAGUCGUUCAGGUAAUAAAACUGGAUCUAAAAUAUAUGAACCCAUAUCAAGUGAAAGUUUAACUGAUUCACUAGGGUAUAUGGAUGACUUUGACGAGAGCUGUGCAUUAAUCACAAGUGAAAAUGACAAACGGAAAAGGCAAGCAUUUUCAGCAUCGAAUGAAAUAAUCCCGAAGCGUAAUAGUCUUGGUGUAAAUAAAGCUCCACAAAUUCAUAGAUUUUCUGCUGGCGAUGCAGAUAAAUUAGAAAAGGGAAUGUUUUUUAACAUGGAACCGAGAGAAUCGAAUGAAUUCAUUGAACCUCGAGUGAAUUUCGAAGACAUCCCAAUCAGUGCAUUGCGACAAAAAAGCAGAGGGAAAUUAUCAGUUCUGCUAAAUCCAGAAAAGGUGCUAGUCAAUGAAGAUGGACUUUAUCGUGAUUGGAGAGGAAUAUUUGGACUAUCAGGGAUGAAUCAAAGUGAAUACACUGUAAUAUCUCAAAUAGAUGAUAAAAUGGGAAAGCUUCUUGACCUGUGGAAUAAAAAAAUUGACGAAAAUAAUUCUCAAGUUACGUUAAGUCAAUUGCAACAGUGUUUUGGAAUAAUUGAUAGAUAUGAUGUGUUUGAUGAUACUUUAUCAUUAUUCGUUGAAGAUUCUCAAGCACACUUGACUAAAUUACGGUCGAAAAGACUUAAUGAGGAUACAACAAAAUUCGAAAUCAUCAAAGGGCAGCCCGACAACGAUAUUAUAACGAUUAAGGACGUUGAAUUCAGUGAAAAAGGAUUACCGCUUCCGAAUUAUGAUGCUUUCGUUAUCUAUAAUGAUAAAGACAUUGAAUUUGCGACAGAGCUUAUAGAGCGACUAGAGAAUAAUGGAUAUAAUCUCUGCGCAAAGGACAGAGAUUUACUUCCAGGCCUCUCAUUUGAAAGUGACGCAAUUUUAAGCCUCUUAUCACAGCGAUGCAAUCAUCUCAUCCUAAUUGUAUCAAAAGCCUUUUUGAUGAGUCCAAUGCAAAUUUUCAUAACAAAUUACGCACAAGCAUUGGGAAUUGAGCAAGGACGGAGGAAAAUCAUUCCAUGUGUUUUAGAACCAGACUGUAAUUUACCACAAAUGUUAAGAUAUUGUUUCCGUUUAGACUACUUCAGAAAUAAUAAGCUAUUUAAUUUUUGGGAUAAGUUAGAUACGUCAUUAAGAGUUAAUAGUAAGGAGAUUAAGGCAGUGAAUAAUAUUGAUAAGCAUUCCAUUGACAAGAUAACAACCACAAAUUUAAUUGAUAAGCCAACAAAUCAAAAGGAAUUAGUUUAUAAUUUCAGCGAACGUCCAGUGACCCCUGAAAAAUCAUCAAAGAAGCUCAUACCUGUGCAAGAGGUAGUACCUCAACAGAAAAUAAUGCCACCACCUCGAAAACUACGAUCUUCAGCAUCCAUGAUGUCUUUAGAAGAGAAGCCAAAUGGUUUGUAUUAUCAGAACAAUCAGUCCCAUAGUACGUACGAAUUGAAUGGUGAAUCCUCAAUGGAAAUGACUCAAAGUACGAAAUUAAAACGUAAAAAAUGGUACAGCAUGUUCAUGCCAAAAGAAAUGAAAGUAAAGAGCAAUGAAGUGGAAAUUAAUGACGAGACGGAGAAGAAAAAGCACAAAAGGCAUUGGUUUAAGAGCAAAAAGAAACAAAAGGAAAAGUUGGCGAUGCUCGCCGAGACUUAAAAAAGUCAAAGACUUGAAAACAUGUGCCUUAUAAAUUUUUUUGAUUCUUUUAUUCACAAAAACAGCCAACAAAAACUUGUUGAAGCAAAGAGUCAAUCUCUUAAAUUGUUUUAUAUCUUAACAAGUUUAUUUUAAAUAAAUGCAUUUUGAAUAUCACUAA